UUUACCGUAUCGUACAGGUACGCUAUGGCGAGGUACGCCAUUAAAUUUAUUUGAAGUCGCUUGUGCACGCCCAACUACUGUCGCAAAUGGAGUCCGUUGUUGCACGUAAAGAUGAAGUUACUGAUGUGGAGUCAAAAAUCGACGAGUUAAAAAGAAAAUCUGUAGACUCGAAAGAUGUUGCAGAUCAUGAAGCUAAGAACGGUAAUGAUGAGCCAGUAGUCAAGAAGAUAAGGAAAGAAGCCGGUGAUGUUGCUAACGACGAAAAAGCUAGUAGCCCGGAAAGUAAAUCAAAGGAAGCUGAGUCAGACGAGGACGGGUCAGACGGUAAGUCAAAAUACUUUUCUACUACCUGCUGUACACCCUGCCCCAUCAUUCCCACUGAUUUUUGACCCAUAUAUAAUUCUUGGUCGCAUAAGUAUUAUGGUUUUGAUUUUCAGACGAGGCCUCACAAGACACGAAAGGGACUAACGGGACAAGCGAACAUGUAAAUGGGAGUAACGGAGAACAUGUUGCUGAACAUCAGGAUGAAAAAUCAGAAGAAGGGUCCGAUUCGGAGUCUGAAAAAGGUGAUGCACCUUCAGUUGACAAAGAGUCAAACGAAGAGGCCAGUGAUUAAUUACGCAUUUCUAUGAACUCCAGGC